AUGGCAACAGGCAGCCUUGAUGCUUUCUUCCGCCUGACCAAAUCAGAAGUUGAGGCGAUGAGAUUGCCAAGCGCGUUCCAUUGGCAGGAGUUUUAUCAUUCAAAGACCGUUUUUAAGCCUGCUCUGUUCCCGAGGCGAAGGCCCGACCAUAAAGUGGAGCUCCCAGAGGAGCCCGUCCUUUGUAGCGCCGCCCAAGAUUUACUCAGAAGACUUCUGGAGGUAAACCCUAGAUAUCGACUGAAAUCCGUCCUCGCCCUAGAGAAAAUAGCCUUCUAUCAACAUUUCAAUUUUGCGGAUAUUCGUGCUAAGAAGCCAAUUCAAGCAUACAAAGAUUUGUUUCGGUGACAUUUACUGACGAUAAAUCCGCCCUUUCAAGGCUCUAUCAAGUUGAAUGGCAAAGCUCAAAUCACAAUCAAAUUAAGUAUAGUUAAUUUCUUUUAAAAUUGUCUACUUUCCUUGCUCUCCAGACACUACUCCGUCCAUUAUAAUUAGUAUAAGUCAUUGUUUUUACUUUUAUUUCCAUGGAGAAUGUUUUGUGAUUUCAUGUCUACUUAUUUGCAUCAACUCUGUGAUCUCUGUGUGUAUUUAACCUGCUAAAAAAAGCAAUGGGACUUGUUAGUCCUAAAAGGAACUUUUUGUGUUAAGAAUUUGAUAUGAUUUGAAUGAUCCGUUGUUAUUUUUUAUGUAAUUAAGUUGCAUCUAAUUCCUGUUUUCUGAAAUAAGUCUUGAGACCGUUCGUUGCGUAAGGUUAAAUUUUUGGAUUUUUCGACUCCAUCCCCACGUCCCUCCCCCACGUAACGUGUUUAUGACGUAGGUGCCUAUACUUUAACAUGUGGGGAAACAAAAAAAAAAAAAAAAAAAUAGCGUAACGUUCUCCACGACUCUCCCCCC